UCUCCACUUCACCGCAUCCCUGAAAUUCAUAUCUCAGCCGUGCGUUUUGCUUGCUUUGGAGGAUCGGACGGAUGUCGAUAGCGCUGGAAGGGAUCGGACGGUCAGAGUUCGCCGGCGGGAUCGGAUGCUUUCCGGCCGGCGAAUCGCUGGGGACUGGAGGGGAAUCGGUGGUUAAGAAUGAGUUCCGGCCGGCAGAGGAGGUGGAGCAGUCGUGUAGCUCAUCGGUCGGGAAUAACAGUGACUGUUCGGAUUCCGACGGCGGCGAUUCGCCGGAAGUGCAAAGCAAGAUGAAGGGACCGCUGGAGACGAUGGACUCGCUUGAGGAGUCGUUGCCAAUCAGGCGAGGACUCUCAAAAUUCUAUUGCAGCAAAUCCAAGUCCUUCACUAGCCUUGCAGAUGCAAUCUCAUCAAUCUCAUCAGCAAAGGAGCUUGCCAAGCCACAAAAUCCAUACACGCGCAAGCGCAAGAACCUACUCGCAUGCAUUAAAAUGUGGGACAAAAUAGAUGGCAAUAUAUCAAGGCCCGUUAAAGGCGGCAUGCCCAAGAGACCCGCAAAUUCUAAUCGUAGCACUGCAUCACUUACGGCCUCCUCAAGCAGCAGCAUGAGCAACGGCAACAACAGCGAAGAGGAGCAAGAGCCUUAUCUACUACGGCCUCCUCGUUGCCCAAAUGGCAAACAUUUUGCUUCUCGUGAUGAUACCCAUCCCCCAGGGGCAUUCUUGUGCGAUGUAAGAUCAUUCUCGAUGGCAGAUCUACAAAGCAUUGCUUGUUCUACCCCAUCCUAUCACCCACCAUAACUGAAGUGCUUUUUUUUGUUUGUCUUGGCUACUACCUCAUAUUUUUUGUCGCGUGGGUUGUGGUGGCUGAAGGUUUGUGAUGUCAUAGUAUUCAAGAACUCUGUCGAAGGCUAUUUUCUGUAUAUCUGUAUGUGUUGCUUUGUGCAUUGAUAGAGUUUAGACGAAGAUCAUGUUGUACUGUAAAUUAUGAGAGCUUGGUACGUUCAUAAUGUAAUCUUGAAUAAAAUUUUUAUU